CGAACUCAGUACUUAGGUAUUAUACUGUAUGGUAUGGAGGUGGAGGUAGUGAGGUUCCAGCGGCCGUCAGAAAGCGGGAAAACUCUCUACAUCCGUGGCAUUCCCAGCUGUCUCUCCAGAGAAGAGAAAUGGGGUUUUCUGCACUCAGAGUUUUCCCGACACGGUCUCGUGUACGACGUCAGUCUCCCUCUGAGCCCCUUUAAUCAAGACCCAAUCACCAGCGAUGCCGCUGCAGGAGAAGUGGCUCCUGAUGAGGGUCCAGUGGCAGAGACAGAGUAUGGCUUUGUGACCUUUUACUCGCGGCACGACACCAAGACUGCUCUGCAGGCAGUCCUGAAAUCUCCAAUUAGUAUCAGCAGUCACAGACUCAAAGUGGAGGUGGCUAGACCUAGAAGCAAGCCACACCCCUCGACCACACCCACCCUCUUCCUCGGCAAAUGUCUGGAGCUAUGUAAUCACUUCAUUGGCUUCAGUGGGUGGAGCCUCCACAUCGUUUCCAUGGAGAAUAUGGAAGAACAGAGAGAGGAGGGAGGGAGAGUGUGGGUGGGAGUUCGGUGCUGUGUGGGGGUGAGUUUGAGGGGGUGUGGAGAGAGGGAAAGUCGGGGAGUGGAGGAGUGGAGAGGAGACGAGGGGGAGGAGGUGAGGGAGAAAUUAAAGACGAGGGGAACGGCGAGAAAGAUUGCUUUCAGACGGGCGUGUGAGGACGCAUUCUCUAACAUUCUCAUCAUACUGGUUCCCGGGAGACCACCUGUACCCAUGAUUGUCAGCCGACCAGAAGAUCACAUGAAACAUUUGAUGGGACAGUUUGAUAAUACCUGCCCUCCUGUUACCGUGUUACCAUGCCAACCAGACGAUUCCAGCAUCAUGCAAGAGUGUCCAUGGUAACCAUUUUAUUAUAAUAAUUAUUGUGCUCAUUAUAACAUCAUCAUGAUCAUGACAUUCACAAUAAAAUUCAUCGAGGGAGGGAGGGAAUGGAGAUGGAUGAAAUAAUUAAUAAUGUGUUUGAUAUGAAGUUACUGUGAAGAGUCAGCAGAGCAAUUAUUGCUGUGGGUGUGGUCAGUCUGGUUGCCUAGCGACUCCAGAUGGUCCCUAACAACAACUUUCCCUGGUAGAAUAUCGUGUAGAAACUCAGUUUUCUUUUCUUUACGGACGGCCGUGGAGAGGUGGCAAUAGUGAACAUCGCGUUCUGCUGCUGACACGGCAACCAUGUGGGCGUCCCUGGCUAAUUGGGCAAUAAACAGCUCAGUUGCCUUGGCGACGAGUACCACGGAGUCCUGGCUGAUGCUGUUGGUGGUACUGGAUGUGUGUACGUCAGUUCUCAUUAUGGUGCGGACUCUAGACACGGGGAGCAUGCGUUGAAAGAGACCAGGAGAUUCUGAACUGCCAGAGGGGGCAUGUGGGGAGGUGGAAUGGGAGGAAUGAAGAACGGACGUAUGGAGUUUGGCAGUGGGUGGAGAUUUGUUGGGCGACUUGCUAUUGUUUAGUUUGACAAUUUUACCUCCUUUUACCCUGCCCCCUCCCCCUCCAUCUACCUUGGUCGAAGUGCUUCGAGCUCUACCACUGCUGGGAACUAGAGCUGCCUGCCCCAUUGCUUGGUUGGCGGCGUGAGUCAGCAACGUCGGAGAGAGAGAGGCCCCGAAACUCGAGCUGGAAGCAGAGGAGGCCGUGCCCGCAACACUCGGACGAUCAGGGAGACGAAAUUUGGUAGGAACAGCGGUGAUUGUCACGUGAGAUGUCGAUGACGUCGUCGCCCGCUGCUGCUGAGAGGAGGUCGUGGAGUUUGUUUGAGAAAGAGAGACCGCCGCUCCGGGUUGCUUUUUGACUGGGGAGAUCUUGGCCACGUGAGUCGCGCGAGGGUCUCGGAUCAGUAGGAGCUUCAGUUUCCCGCCCGAGUCUUGCCGAACCACGUAGUUUGGGGGUUGGGACAUUCUUUACGCUUCGCUGGGCUUGUCCGA